CACAUCUUUUUUUCUCUCACAACUAAUUAACCAUCAAAUACUUUGACCGUGUCUUUGCUCUACACGCAAGGGCAGGUAUUGUACAGUAUCCCAAGCUUAGCAUCUCUCUCUGCGGAGACUUGUUUCUGACAACCACACCCACCCCUGCAGGAAAAGUGACUGCACGCACGGUUCCUAGCGUAUAACGUUAACAUACCCGGUGUAUUUUUACUUUUGUUUUGCUCGGGAAAGCAUGCUUUUUAGGAUGUUUUGGUCCGUCGGAAAACUGAAGAUAUGUGAAAUUCGCAAUGGCUUGAGUCUUGACCCACGCCGCUCUGUCUAAAGACGGAAUACGGUAUCGUGCUUAAACUACAAACCGAGCCGAGAAGAAAGAGAAACGCCUCUUUGACGCCUCUCAAGCAGAACAUCACGGAUGCUCGACCCUAUUGGGAGAGAAAAACCGGGUGUGGCUGGACACGCCCCCAUUGAUUUCAUCCUCACCCUCAACACCAUACCAUGCCAUGCCAUGCUCAUGACGUGCCACACACAUACACACUACACUACACUACACUACAGUACCUGCCUACAUGGGGCUCUUUACUCUCCGGGCCCUGCAGUACUCUGCAUAUAUCCAGGGGCAGGACAGGGUAUGGAGUAGGGCUGAGGGUAAGGCUUUGGCCUUGUGCUUGGGUUCCAUUCGAUAGUAUGAUGGUUUGCCACCAGCUGGUCCGGGGUCGUCGAUGUUUUUGAGCUUGCACUUGAACAUGCGCUUGCAAAUGGUCGUCCUGAGUGGAGGCACAUCUCGACUCUCUCACUGGUGGCCCAGGAUUCUGUCUCAGAAGGCUGGCUUUAAUUGCCGAGCCUCUCAUGUGUGUCGUAGGGGCUCUUCGACUGGGAAGAGAGGAGGGGGUGCUUGAUGUCGGGUGGUAUCCCCCCUUGGACCUAGUAGCCGUUCGCUUCCCGUUGGUGGAGCAUGGUAUGCCUUUGGCAAGCUUAGGUCGAGCUGUAGACUCAAGUUAGACUAGAUGGAGACUUUUCUGGAGCAAGAGCUUCUUUGGAACUCUUCUUGUUGUCUGUGUCUGUUUCUAGCUUCUCGAUGGAGUAUCUGGGAGGCCUUCGACAACCAUCACGAUAAUACAAUACAAAAAGGAUGCCCGGUUCUGCUGCUUGUUUCGAUUGUUCAGUCAAUCAAUCAAGCAAGCAUUGAAGAACCGGCUUCUCUCAACUAUUACCAAGUGAUCGACAUGACAAAGCUCUUAUAAUAUUUCCUUACCUACCAUUUUCGUCAACUUUUUCAUCACCGACUAUUUUACGAUUCAAAUCAAUUUUGCUUUGGUUCGAUUAUAUCCCGAGUCUAUUUCCUAACUCGUCUUCCAUUUUGGCCUUGUUGUCUUCGUGUCCCAGCGAGUCUGAACACCUUGACCUUUCUAAAUCAAUUCCAACUAAACACUAAGAAACAAUGGACGGAUUAAACGAGUUCCGCACAAUGCGAGUUGCUGAAGUUCUCUCUGAUUUCCGAACACUGCAAUACUACAUAGCUGCUGCUCCUGUCGACCCUGAGGACACUGCAGACUAUUACACCGAAGGAUGGGCUGCCCUUCGACAAUGUGCGCUGGAUGGGCAACACAUUCUGGAAUGUGGUGCAGACACCAGCGUGCCAACUCCCCCUGGUGGAGAGCAAGAGCAGGUGAAGGCCGAGCUUAAACAGGUUCUCCUGGACGCGUACGCGAGACGACACGAGGGACAGAAGAUUUACCUUCGACAAGCGGCGGCUCAACGAUGGGUUGAAUACAGAAAACAGGUGCUGCAGGGCGGCUUACCAAACUCGAGCAACCAGUCUCAACUUCGAGCAUGCGAUCGUCAACUGCGAGCGGAGCUCUCAGCCAUCGCCGACGAAGUAAUCUACGCCGAGCUCAAGGCCUCGGAUGAAGGAAUGGGCCGCUGGACGGCAGAAGAUCCCAGUCUCCGAAGCGUGCUCCGCUGGCUCCGAGCACGCCGGUGAACGAUACACCAGGGAACCAGGAACGACGAAGCCACCACGUACGAUCUAAGAUACCCCCAGGACCAACGGUUGUGAUGAACGAGGGACGAAACGAAGAGAACCAAAAGCAAGCGAACGACGUCUACGCUAAUCAUGAAAACUUUCUUCCUAUUACUUCUUUGACGCAUACGAUUCUUUAACGAAUACCCUUGACGACCGGAUAUUUAAGGGGGAGAGUUGAGGUUUGGGGUUGUGAUUUUUGCAAAGGAUAAACAUGUUUGUUAUAUCUUCUUCAUGACUUGAUGAGUCAUGGUUUGUUUUACUGGAUGUAAACGAUACAGAUUUAUGUUGCUUGGGCACACUUUGAGAUAGAUGGAGAGCAUCUCCUGGGUCUUGUAGGACCUUGAUUAGGAGAACGGGGCUGGGCUCCAUGAACUGCCUGGAGCAGAACAAUAACAUAACUAUUUACUCUG